UUUAUAAAGUAGGAGUUUUGAUGGCGUCUCGAUUAGACUCUCCUUUUGAUUUAGAACGCUGUGGUCCGGCUGUGGACCUCGCUCUCAAUAAGGUCAAUGAAAAGUUUUUGGCCCAUCAUAACGUUGAACUGCAGAAAGUGCAGGGCAGCUACCCGUCGUGUUCCGGCGCGAUUGCUCCAGGGCUAGCAGCUGACAUGCACUUCAAGGACGAUGUGAUCGCAUUUAUUGGACCGGCUUGUGCGUUCGCCCUGGAGCCUGUAGCUAGACUUGCAGCUUAUUGGAACACACCUAUCAUCACUGGGAUGGGAGACCAGCGUUUCGGCUGGGCACAUGUCGCUCUUCUACUGGAUAAAUCUGAUCUCUUCUCAUUGACUGUUGGUAAGAGCCUAGAGUGGGGCUUGAGAAAAGAAGGGGUUUUGAAAGCUGUCAGGGAGUUAGAUGGAAAUGAACGUGAGUCCUGCGAGGCUUUGCUUCGGGAUGUCAGCAUGUAUGCACGAGUGGUGAUAUUGAGCGUGAGGGGCUCCCUGGUGCGGGAGUUCCUGUUGGCCGCUCACUCGCUCGGCAUGACGAGGGGCGACUGGGCAUUCCUUGAUGUUGAAAUAUUUCAGGGUGGGUACUGGGGCGAGACGGGCUGGGCAGCGGGGGACGAGCGCGACGCGGCCGCCCGCGCGGCCUACGAAGCGUUGCUACGCGUGUCGCUCAAGCUGCCAACCGGCGACCGCUUCGACGAGUUCGCGGACACGGUGCGGAGUAUGGCGCGACAGCACUAUAACUACACGUUCUCGGAUGGGGAGGAGGUCAAUUUUUUUAUCGGCGCAUUCUACGACGGAGUGUACUUGCUGGGUAUGGCGCUGAAUGAGACGCUCACGGAGGGAGGUGACAUUCGUGACGGGAGGAACAUCACUCGGCGCAUGUGGGGACGGGAUUUUCAUGGUAUAACUGGACACGUUCGGAUCGACGCAGUGGGCGAUCGGGACGCUGAUUAUGCAAUACUUGACUUAGAUCCUGUUACUGGCAAGUUUGAGGUGGUGGCGUUCUACCACGGGCUGAACAUGAGCUACAAGCCGGUGGCGGGCAAGGCGAUCCACUGGCCGGGCGGCCGCCGCGCGCCGCCGCCCGACAAGCCGCGCUGCGGCUUCCUCGGCACCGACCCCAUCUGCCAGGAAGCGCAAACAGUCAUAUUAUACUGUUUCAUUGGGCUUGCUGUGUUUUUUACAAUCGCAAUAACGGCCUCUUGUUUUGCAUACAAAUUGGUGAAAAUAGAUGCUGAAUUAAAUAAUACAGCGUGGCGUGUGAGGCCCGAAGAGGUGCUCGUAGAAGUGGCGUCGGGGCUCGGAGCUAGUCCAGCUCUUCAUAGUAUUAAUGAAGUUCUUAAGUUAUCUCUGGGCUGGAACAUUCGCAACACAAACGCGUCGCCCGUGGCACCUUCUCUCACAUUGUCUUCUUUCACGGUUGGCCUGUAUAAGGGAAAUCGCGUCGCCGUAAAGAAAAUACAUAGAAAGAAACUGGAUUUGAAUAAAAAACUAUUGUGGGAGAUAAAGCAGGCCCGUAACGUAUCACACGAGAACACGGCGCGUUUUAUCGGCGCGUGUGUGGACUGCCCCUUAGUGUUUAUACUAACGGAGUAUUGUCCUAAAGGCUCGUUAAAGGAUGUCCUAGCUAAUGAAGAACUGCAGUUGGACUGGAAUUUUAGGACAUCACUUGUACAUGAUAUUGUUCAAGGUAUGUGCUACUUGCACAGCGGGCUGGGCGCGCACGGCAAGCUGCGCUCGUCGAACUGUCUCAUCGACGGCCGGUUCGUGCUCAAAAUAUCCGAUUACGGGCUUAACACCCUGUGCACGCCCACUGACUUGAUAAAGGACGACUCUUACUAUUAUAAGUUACUCUGGACGGCGCCGGAGCUAGUGGCGGGCAGUGUGUACCCGGGCGUGCUCGCCUCGCUCAAGGGCGACGUGUACAGCUUCGCGAUCAUUCUAGAAGAGAUCGUCCUCAGGGCGGGGCCGUUCCACCACUUUACACCUACUAUGACUAACAAGGAGAUCGUGUCCCGCGUGUGCGCGCACGAGACGCCGCCAUUCCGGCCGGUGGUGUGCGCGAGCGAGACGGGCGCGCGCGGCGCGGCGGGCGCGGCCGCCGAGCUGCUCGAGCUCGCCGCGCGCUGCUGGGCCGAGGCGCCCGACGACAGGCCCAGCUUUGAUACUAUUAAUGCCAAUUAUAUCAAAGGCUAUUGCGACAACUUAAUGGAUGAUCUCCUGAGUCGCAUGGAGCAAUACGCCAAUAAUUUGGAGUCGCUCGUGGAAGAGAAAACAGAACAACUUUCAAUGGAGAAGAGACGCUCAGAAGAACUCUUGUACCAAGUAUUGCCCAGGCCAGUCGCCCAACAGCUGAUGGCCGGCGAGGUGGUCCAGCCGGAGAGCUUCGAGUGCGUGACGGUAUAUUUCAGCGACAUCGUCGGCUUCACGGAGCUGUGCGCGGCCUCCACGCCGAUGCAAGUGGUCGAUCUGUUGAAUGACUUGUACAGCACGUUCGAUAGGAUUAUCGGCUUCUAUGAUGUUUAUAAGGUGGAAACGAUAGGCGACGCGUACAUGGUAGUGUCGGGGCUGCCCGAGCGCAACGGCGACCAGCACGCGCGCGAGAUCUGCCUCAUGGCGCUCGCCGUCGUCGAGGCCGUGCGCUCCUUCGUGGUGCGACACCGACCUACCCAUCGGCUUGAGGUGAGGGUAGGUGUACACUCUGGGCCGGUGUGCGCGGGCGUGGUGGGCGUUAAAAUGCCGCAUUAUUGCUUGUUCGGUGACACGGUCAACACGGCCAGCAGGAUGGAAUCUACUGGACAACCGCUGCGCAUCCACCUGAGCGAGAGCACGCGCGCGCUGCUCGCGCAGUGGGGCACGUUCGAGGUGGAGCGGCGCGGCGACGUGGAGCUGAAGGGGCGCGGGCGCAUGCUCACGCACUGGCUGCUGCACUGCAGCGAGCCGGGCGCGCGGCCGCUGCCCGCGCCGCCGCCGCCGCCGCACUACCCCAUCCUCUUCCCCGCCGCGCCGCCGCCGCUGCUGCACGCGCCCUACCUCGUCGUCGACCCGCCCACGCUCGCCGCCUAGCCGACGCGCUCAACAUACUCCUACGUACCUACAUACCCGAACAUUGCGUUACCACUUCGUCCCCAAUAUAAUACUUGUGUUUAUAUGUGAC